AUGGAUCAACAGAGUGACAUUCCGAUCAUUCCAUCUCGAUCGUCUACACCUUCCACCUUGAUAAUAGAUGACAUCGUUGUAUUCCUCACCUUUCCCAUGCCAUCGUUGUAUUCCUCCGCCCUCUGCCCUCCAACGACAACCCCUACAUCUGUUAAUGACCACCACCUACAUCAGCCAUAUCCCUCGGCUGUUAUCAAAAGCGAAGAAGAAGCUGAUAAUGAUCCGACGUCCAGCCUCAACUCCACCGGUGCUUACAUGGUUGUUAAGUUGAAAUUGUCCAAAUUGACACUGGAGCCUGAUUCAAUCAACAAACCGUUUUUCAUGGUUGUAUUGUUUGUAGACAAUAGGGAUGGGACAUACACUGGCUUCUACAUGGCAAUGAAUGUUGGAACUUACAAGAUAUGUGCUUCAUUUGAUGGAAUGAGUAUCUCCCCAUGUCCCUUUGAGGUGGCUACUUACAACAGGGAGUACUUUCCUAUAGCUUAUGGUCUUGAUGUCUCUGUUUGGGAGGAUGAAUCCAUUGUUUUUAAUGCUCUAUUGCAGAGCUACCAGUUACCAAAACAUAAACAUCAAAACGGGUCAUUGUUAGCUGGAACAUUAUUAGCAGUCAGCCCUGUCUCACUUGUAAUGGCUCCCAUGGGAGUUGCACAGAAUGCAACAAAGGAACUUCUUGAUUCUAUUAUAGAUGUUAUUGUUCGGAUAUUUGAAAACAAUGUGGUUGUUGGAGAGCUUCUUGAGUCAAAAUCUUCUCAAAAAGCACCAAUGAACACACCGAAAUCCAUGGUGACUGAGAUUUCUGGGAACCCUGAUUCUGAAUCAUCUAAGGACACAGGAGGCUACACUAUUGGCUUUUCCAUGACUGUUCUGCAGCUAGACUUGCAAAUAAGGCUCCUUCAAAAGAAAAGGGGGAUAAGACAGAAGAUGGCCUUACAUUCGCCUUUCGCUUCACUGAUGCUUCAGUAUCCAGCCAAGAUUCGGAAGAAAUUGUUGUGA